CAGCUGUAAUUAUUUACGCGAGCCGUCCCUCCCAGCUCAUACCAGUGCAUACGACGGCGUCUCGCAAGACGUCUACUACUUGUUCUGCUGACGCCAGCCCCAGAAACUACGACGAUAGCUCGUAGCAUUUCUGCCGGUGAUUGCGGGCCGGUCGUACUCAGACACUACUCGCUGUCUGUCGCUAUUGCUGCUGAUCCUUCAGUCAAUUGUCGAUAGUGCAGAACGGCAGAAGCAGCAAGCGUUCGAUAAUGCAGAAGGGCGAGGGAUCGGAUCCGGAGGUGACGUGGGAGGACCAGCAGAACAUAAACAAGUUCGGGCGACUCAACAACCGCCUGCACGAGCUGGACGAUGAGAUCAAAGCAAAGAAGGACUAUCUUGAGAAUGUAGAAGAUGCGAGCAACGAGUUGAUCCUAUGCGACGAUGAUACAGUGCGGUACAUGGCAGGGGAGGUGUUCCUGCACACAGAGAGGGACGACGUGGAGGGGCUGCUGGAGGGGCUCAAGGAGCGCACGAGUGGGGAGAUAGAGGCGCUGGAGGGGGAGAAGGGCAGCCUGGUGGCGCAGAUGGGCGAGCUCAAGGUGGUGCUGUACGGCAAGUUCAAAGAUGCGAUAAAUCUAGAGGAGGAUUGAUGUAUAUGAGUACCUGGAAUGUGAAGCUUUGGGGACUGAAGAAGUCUGUUUCUGUGGCGUUUGUGGCUUUUGUGGCCUUCAUGGCGCCUCAGAAAGGGCUGCUGGGGGGCCUAAAGGAAUGCACGAGCGCGGUGGGGAGAUGGGAGAAGGGGAGCCUGGUGGCUCAGAUGAGCAAGGUGAAGGCGGUGCUGUAUGUAUGGCAAGUUCAAAGAUGCAAUUAUCGUAGGCUGGUUUUUAGGAGCAGGAUAGGAGUGUGCUGCAAUGUGACUCGGUUUGGUACUG